AUGUCGGCUGCCUCGUCGUCGGCUGCGCACUCGCCACAUGAAGGUAUAUCACCAGGUUCGAGUGGCUCAGCAAGCGCACCAGCUUCUGCUCAGGCAUCCGGAUCGCGUACUGCUGUGCGCUACAUGCCCUCAUUUUCGUCGGCAGUUGUGGGCCCCUCAUAUUCAACCGUCCUGAUGCAGUCCUCAGGAGCCGGUCCGACUUCAUUCGUUUUGCCAAUGGCCUCUUCGACCGUGUCCGUGUUAAAUCACCAGCAGCGAGAAAAAGUUCGUCAGUGGAUACGUAAAGAAGCGGAAUUUCUGAUCAACACAUACUUCCCGAUGUCAGCAGCCGGCGCGGACGGAGCAACAUCGUCUCUUCUCGCUCGUAUGACCACCAUAGCAGCAGCACUGGUCAGUGAUAAGGAUGUCGGAAGUGCACCGCUUACGGAAUUUAAAACAAUUUUGCUGGAGAACGAUGUCAGUGCCUUCGAAAUGAAUCACAGUGGUGUGCUUACUUCACUCUGUACAUAUCUUACCAGUACCUCCUCAUUACAUCAGCCACCUCGUAAACUUCGUUUAAAACGUUUUGCUGCAGUUUUCAUGUCUCUACAUCCAGACAAUUUGAGACCAGCCGACGAAUCGGAAUGCUGGGCUGCAUUCGAAACUUUGGUCACAAAAUUGCUCGCUUCAGUGGCUCAGCAUGAACAUUUUCAGGUCAAAGUUACAGAUAUGGGCGGAAUUUUGACAGGUAGUACUGCAGGAUCGUUGCGUGGUGCCCAAGCGUUGCGUUUCUUUCAGACUCAUCAGAUUCGUUGUAACCUGCGAAGACAUCCAAGCUGCCGCGAUUUGAAGGAAUGGAGACAUGGCCAUGGCUCUAUAAAGGAGGGGUCGUUGUCUGGAUCGACUGCCCAACCGAACCGCAUCGAAAUCCUCAUAAACGACGAAAGAGUGCCAGGGCACAUGUCAAUCCUUCAAGCACUACGUCAAUACGGACAGGUUAAUUUGGGCGAUAAUCCUGACCAGUUGGCUGUUGCGACAGGAUUAUGGGUGAAUACCCACACACUUUACUACAGGGCAGCUGCUCCAGUGCCGCCUGAUGCGUCUUCGUCAUUGCAAGAAUCAGCAGCAGCUGCAGCUUCAGGCCACAAGGCGCCCGUCACUAAAAAUGAAAAGCGAGAAAAAAGGACCAAAAUUGACGAAAAGUUGUGGAUUGAUGGAGAAGUACCAGCACGAGAAUGCCCGCUGGAUCGCUUUCUGACGGACACAUUGCCAGUUGAUAUCGACGACGCGUGCGUACCUUCCCUGGUUCUUUUGCGAUGCCUCUACGCUCUCAAUCGUUUCUGGUGGACUCUUUUUGAUGACGAGGAGUGUGUUGCUGCAGUGCAUCCUCUUUCCAGGGCUUUCCAUUCGUCAAAGCUCAAUGCUAAAGUCGGACGGCAGUUGUCGGAUUUCUUGUCCGUUGCCACCCAGCAAAUUCCAAAGUGGAUCGGUGAUUUGAUCAAGGCCGUAGCGAUGCUGGAGGUGGGAUUUGAAGGAGAAGCAGGUACUGGUUUCGGCCCCACACUUGAGUUCUACUCAACGGUUUCUCGAGAAAUUCAAAAAGCAUCGUUGCGGCUUUGGCACGGGACUGCUGUGGCCGCCGCACUGGAUGGAAAAGAUGGAUCGGUGGCAACUUACACAACAGCAAAAGCGGGCCUCUACCCAGCAGUCUGCUCGUCGCUCACAGCUAAGCAGAGGGAUGCGCGUUUGAAGAAAUUUGAAUUUAUUGGUCGCUUAUUGGCCCAGGCUUUAAUUGAUGCACGCAUGCUCGAUAUACCACUGAAUCCUGUAUUUUUUAAAUGGCUUUGUGGCGAUGAUAAAGUGUUUGGCCUGGAUGAUUUGGAAAUAUUUGAUAAGUAUCUGUAUCAGUCGUUACGGGCACUCAUUCUUACGGAUCCGGAUGACUUUAACUCUCUUGAGCAGGUUAGGUUAUUUGUCGUAAUCAAAGUAGCAUAG